GUUCUGAAAUCUAAACAACCACUUUCCCUCCUUUCUUCUUCCCGGUUAAAGCAGAUUAGCAAAGUUACCUGCGCAUAUUAUUAAGGACGGUUCAUUAUUUCAGUCCUUCCAAACUGUAGCCUGGAGGGUGAGAAUUGAGAACCGAGCAGCCUGCUACAAGGAGAAGAAGGUCGACACAGUCACAUACCAACAGAGAAACGUACAUAGUAGUUCUUGUCACACAACACAGCACUCUCUCUCUCUCUCUCUCUCUCUCUUUCUCUCUCUCUCUGACAUUCUAAGCCAGUUUGUCUCUCCAAUUCUGCCCCUAUAAAGCAAAGGCGAGCCGCGACUCUCCCAUCCAGCAUCCUUUCUCCACCGCACCGCCGGCAAUGGACAGCUCCAGCGAGCACUGGCCGUCAGAUUCAGCCGCCAGUGCCGCAACAAGGCAGCAAGAGAUGGCAAAAGACCCAAUGGAAUUCCUUUCUAGAUCUUGGAGCGCCGCUGCACUCGAGGUCGUUAAGGCCCUCUCUCCACCCACCGCAACUAGCCGUGGCGGCGGCGGCGGCGGCAGCGCCAUACUGGAGGACCUUGCCGGAGAAGUUGAGGACGAAGACGUGGCGAUAGCAGCCGGAAAUCCUUUCACCUUUGCCUGUUCCGCCACCUCACAGCUCGUCAUGGAGAGAAUAAUGUCUCAGUCGCAGGAGGUAUUACAGCUGACGACGGGGCGGCUCUCCCACAGUAGUGGCCCAUUAAACGGCGGAUCCAUGAGCGAUAGCCCUCCUGUCUCGCCCUCCGACACGGAAGACGUUAAGUACUGCAGAGCAACCGUUCCUGCCAAGCCAGCCUACAAGGGAGGAAGCAGGACAAUGGGGAGGUGGCUUAAAGACCGAAGGGAGAGAAAAAAGGAGGAGACGCGGGCUCACAACGCCCAACUCCACGCCGCCGUAUCCGUGGCCGGCGUGGCCGCUGCCGUGGCUGCUGUCGCAGCCGCUACCGCUGCCGCCUCAGUCAAAGACGACUGCGCCGCCCGCACCAACCUUGCCAUUGCCUCCGCCGCCACCCUCGUAGCUGCUCAGUGCGUCGAGGCCGCAGAGGUUCUCGGUGCAGAGCGCGAACAUCUCGCCGCCACCGUCGCUUCUGCCGUCAGUGUUCGUACUCCCGGCGACAUCGCCACUCUUACUGCCGCCGCCGCAACGGCGCUAAGAGGAGCUGCUACGCUGAAAGCAAGAGUUUUGAAGGAAAUGUGGAACAUAGCUGCUGUGAUUCCUGUUGAGAAGGGAUUUGCAGCAAAUCAGAAUCAUCAUAAUCGCCAUUCUGAUGGCGAGGCAGGAGGUUCAAGCGGCGAGCUCUUCCCUGGGGAGAAUUUCCUGGGACUCUGUAGUCAGGAGCUUCUUGCUCGUGGCUCUGAGCUUCUUAAAAGAACCAGAAAAGGCGAUCUCCACUGGAAGAUUGUUUCAGUCUACAUCCACAGAACUGGCCUGGUGAAGCUGAAGAUGAAGAGCCGGCACGUAGCUGGAACCAUAACCAAGAAGAAGAAAAAUGUGGUGAUUGGGGUAAACAGGGACAUUUCUGCAUGGCCAGGGAGGCAUUUACUUGAAGGCGGCGAAGAGCGGCGUUACUUCGGGUUGAAGACGGCGGAGCAGCGAGUGAUUGAGUUUGAGUGCAGAGGACAGAGAGAGUAUGAGAUGUGGACGCAGGGCGUUGCUCGGCUUCUUGCCAUUGUUGGCGAGAAAGCUCGGCCAGCUGUUUCCUAAAGAAAAAAAUCUGAAAUUUAAUUCAGAGAGAUUAGAAGGAGAUCGAGGUGAAUUAAUCAGAGACAAAAAGAGAUGGUGGUAGUAUGACCUACAGGGAAUUAAAGAGGUGGGGUUAUCUGGUUGCAGUCAUUAUGUAGUGGUGCCCUGUUCUUGUACUGAGAAUGGCGUUUUCAUGCAAUUCAAAUGUUAGUUUACUCCAUAGUUUCUUUGAUUUUAUCUCCUUAUCUUCUUCUGUAUGUGUAAGGAUUCUGUUAUAAAGGAUUAUUUGUCUCUCUUUUUCUC